UACUUGUAUUAAUAUUAUUGUAGUUUUAUUUUUACUUGGUCUUGUGUCAAUGGUUUUCAGGGUUUUACGAUACAAAACAUGAGUGCAUAAGGCCUAAUAUCAGUGAUUCACACCGGCAUCAAAAUAAUUAUUAAUCAAUCAAGCAUCCACGUCCAUCUAAACUAAUCCGACCGUGAAUGGAAAGAUUGCGGAAAAUGGUGAAUGAGAUAGCCUAUACACCAUUGAGUUGGAAAGGAGGAGGACUUUCCAAGCUCUCCGCUAUCCAACUCUCUCUCAUCCCAAUCCUCUCCCUGACUUCCACUCUCUACAAAAUCAUUCUCUCCUUCCGCCGCCACCUCUAUCGCUCACGUUUCCUACCUAACCACCGGUUGCCUGUGCCGGUUAUUAGUGUUGGGAAUCUCAGUUGGGGAGGUAAUGGGAAGACUCCCAUGGUCGAGUUCAUAGCUAAAUGGUUGCUUCAUUCUGGAGUUUCACCUCUCAUUCUCACUAGGGGUUAUGGUUGCGCUGAUGAAGCUAAAAUGCUUCAAAGGCAUUUUAAUGGUACCUCAGCAAGGAUAGGUGUAGGUGCAAAUCGGGCAGCCGUUGCUGCCCCUUUUCUUAAACGCCACAAGAGACUUUGUUCUGAACAGAUUGGAGGAAGUUUUCUGGAUUCAAGCACAAUACAAGUUGUGAUUCUAGAUGAUGGGAUGCAGCAUCUACAUUUGUGUCGGGAUGUGGAUAUUGUAAUGGUAAACGGGAUGAUGCCAUGGGGUAAUCGUAAUUUACUUCCCCUUGGUCCCUUACGGGAGCCGUUGACUGCACUGAAGCGAGCUAAUAUAGUUGUCAUUCAUCACGCAGACUUGAUGUUGGAGCAGGAAAUUAAGGUCAUCGAAUCAACAAUUCGUGAAAACAAUAAAGCUGUUUCAAUAUACUAUGCUAAAAUGACUCCUUCACACUUAUUUGCCGUGGGAAAAGUUUCUUGUGAACUACCUUUGUUGGCUAUACAUAACCGGACUAUUUUAUGUGUAUCUGCUAUUGGUUGUGCUAAUUCAUUUGCCCGAAGUGUUGAGAAGGUAAGACCAAGAUGUGUUGAUAGGAUGGACUUCAGUGACCAUCACGUAUUUCAAAGAGAGGAUGUCGAGAAGAUCAUGCUGCGACUACAAGAACUUGUUGUGAAGUUCGGUUCCGAGCCUAUUGUAAUUGUUACGGAAAAGGAUUAUGAUCGAGAUCCCAAUAUGUUUGGAGAGUUGGACCCUUUUGAGGUUCUGGUUCUCUGUUCGAAGCUGCAGAUUGUAUCCCGUGGUGGUUGUACAGAUGAGCAUUUUAAGAAGUAUAUGAAGUGGUUUCUGAAAGCUUUUAAUUUGGAAAGAGCAUGGUAAGGCCUUAAAAGACAUUGGACUUGUGCACUGAAGUCACAAAGAUUCUGAUAUGACUCCUCUCCAUAACUCUUGAUAUAUCUAUAUCAUGGGUUGAAAUAGAUGAAGGUUGGUAUCUAACUUUCUAAAAGACAUUCCCUUGGGCUACCAUUACGAGGCCAUGGUUUUGUCUAGGAUUGAAAGCAAUUGCAGUCUUCAUCGGAAAACAACUGAAAAGGCACCAGUGAUCGUCUAUAGCACUCUCUUUUGCAACUACUAGUUCCUUUUAAUUACUAAAGGAAACUUGUUGUUUAUAAGAUUAUAUAGGUAAUAAUGUAUCUUGUAUUUUUUUAAUAUUAUAUGUAUUAUGUAGUAAAAAACUAAUGACUAUAUAUAAUAUUAACGUAGAUUAUGUGCUACGUAUGUAGUUAUGUACUAGUAUAUAUUACCAUGUUACAUAAUUUUUCUUUGUUACCAUUAAUUUCUGUA